AUUUCGCGCGUACCCAAGUCUACACAAACCGAAAUGCAAGCGGCCGUCGAUUCCUGUAAGAAGGCGUUUGACUACUGGAGAAAUACUUCUCCCUUAACACGACAGCAAACUUUAUUUCGUCUGCAAGCUCUGAUAAAACGUGAUAUCAAACGAAUAGCUGAGAAUAUCACGCAGGAGCAGGGAAAAACUUUACUUGACGCAGAGGGAGAUGUUAGCAGAGGCCUUCAGGUCGUUGAGCAUGCUUGUUCUGUGCCAUCGCUAAUGCUCGGGGAAACUCUUCCCAAUGUUUCGCGUGAUAUGGACACAUAUUCAUGGCGUAUUCCAUUGGGAGUCACUGCUGGUAUUUGCCCGUUCAACUUUCCGGCAAUGAUUCCAUUGUGGAUGUUUCCUAUUGCUCUUGCUACUGGAAAUACAAUGAUACUGAAACCAUCUGAGCAAGACCCGGGAGCCUGUAUGAUGCUUGUUGAAUUGGCUAAAGAAGCUGGUGUUCCUGAUGGCUGUGUAAACGUGAUCCAUGGACAACAUGAAGCUGUGAACUUUAUCUGUGAUAAUCCUGACAUUCACGCGAUUUCAUUCGUUGGCGCUGAUCAAGCUGGCAAACAUAUCUACGAACGUGGAGCUCGUAAUGGAAAACGUGUUCAGUCGAACAUGGGAGCAAAGAAUCACGGAGUGAUUAUGCCUGAUUGUAACAAGGAGCAGACGCUCAAUCAGGUAACUGCGGCUGCAUUUGGAGCUGCGGGGCAGCGCUGUAUGGCCCUUACGACCGUAAUCCUAGUAGGGGAAGCGCGAUCAUGGCUUCCCGAACUCGUUCAGAAAGCGAAGAGUUUGAAAGUGAAUGCAGGAUGGAUGCCGAAUACGGAUAUCGGACCAUUGAUAUCGAAGAAUGCGAAAAAUCGUGUCUUGAGUAUUAUCAAGGGAGCGAAGCAGGAAGGCGCUAAUGUGAUGUUGGACGGAAGCGGAAUAGUCGUUCCUGGGUUCGAAAGCGGUAACUUCGUUGGUGCAUCCGUUAUUGCUGGAGUCAAAACAAAUAUGACGUGUUACAAGGAAGAGAUCUUCGGCCCUGUCCUCGUUGUUAUGGAGGUCGCAGAUUUGAACGAGGCGAUUGACGUCAUAAAUAAAAACCCUUAUGGAAACGGAACGGCCAUUUUUACUUCUAACGGGGCCACAGCUAGAAAGUUCACAAAUGAAGUCGAUUGUGGCCAGGUCGGAGUGAACGUGCCAAUUCCAGUCCCUCUUCCUAUGUUCUCUUUCACGGGUUCUCGCGGUUCGUUCAGAGGAGAUAUGAAUUUCUAUGGAAAGUCUGGGAUUAACUUCUACACACAGUGGAAGACGAUCACGCAAUAUUGGAACGAGGCCACAACGGAAAUUAAGCCGCAGACGGCGUUCCCUCAGCUCAAAUAA